AUGGAUAUUCUUUUAUUAAUAAUAUGUUUAGUAUUGGGUUUUUCUUUGUGGUUAGUUGUGGAGAAAAUAAUAUUUUAUAUAGAAAAUAAAAAUAAUAACAAUAAUAGUAAUAAUAAAGAGAAAAAAAUAAUUUUACCACAAGGUUUAAACUUUUUUACAUGGUUUUUUAAUUAUUUAUUAAAUUAUUAUAACCUGAAACCAACAUCGUCAAUUGUAAAUAAUAAAAAGAGUGAUGGAGAAAUCAAUGAGCUUAAAGAGGACACAAGUGAAAACACAGUUUUAAAAUGGUUUAAUGUAUUUAACACAUCAACUUAUUGCGUAUCAUUUUUUGGUAGGCCAAUGAUAUUUACAAAAGAUAUCAAUAUAGCAAGAUACAUAUUAUCAAAUGUCACUGAUUACCAAAAACCUCCAGAUUCAUCAGGAGUUUUAAUUAGAUUAGCAAGUAAUAGUAUUCUAAUGUCAGAAGGAAAAGAAUGGAAGCACCAUAGAGACAUAUUAGAGCAACCGUUUUCCUCAAGAAAUGUUAAAUUGAUGGUUCCAACAAUCGAAUCUACAGUGGAGCAAUUAAUAAAUCAAAUUAAUUUAGGCAACAAACAGGUUAAUAGUGGAGAUGAAUUCAGAAUUGAUAUCCACAGUACAAUGACCAAAUUAACAUUUGAUAUUAUAGGAAAGUUAUCAAUAGGUUAUGAUUUCAAAAGUAUAAAUAAUAGCAAUAAUAAAGAAUCCGAAAAUGUUUCAAAACAAUUUGAUUUCAUUUUAAACGAAAUGAUUAGACCAAUUAGAAGAUUUUCGAAAUAUUUGCCGCUAUUUAAUGAUAUCAAGCUUUUUAGAUACUUGGCAAAUUUUGAAACCGUUACAAAAAAUGCUAUUAAAUCAAGACUAUCGGUAAUAAGCAAUCCUGACGGAGAAAUUUCAGGUAAUAGCAGCACAUAUAAAACAAACUAUUUAUUAGAUCCAUUAAUCAAAUCAAAUAUUAAUGAAAAAGAAAUAAUAGGAAAUAUAAAUACUUUUUUAUUAGCAGGUCAUGAAACAUCAGCAAAUUUAUUAACAUUUAUAUUUUAUUUAUUAUCAACACAUGAAAAUAUUCAAGAUCAACUAUAUAAAGAAUUAAAACAGAUGUCCAGUGAAAAUAUUGAAAAAUGCGAGUUUUUAGAUUUCGUUAUUUAUGAAACAUUGAGACUAUUCCCACCAGCACCAAUGAUUGGUAGAAAUUCAACAAAAGAAGUUGAUGAAUUGCACGGACAGCUCAAACAACUUUUUAGAAUACCCAAAGAUACAUUAAUUUUAUUUUCAGUUUAUGCAAUCAACAGAGACCCAUUAGUAUUUGAAAACCCAAAUCAAUUCAUUCCAUCACGUUGGGCAACAAUGGAAGAUAGAUUUAUUUUCCAACACAUAUCAUUCUCAAUGGGUAAAAGAGUGUGUAUUGGUAUGAAUUUCAGUUUAGUAGAAGCACGUAUCAUCAUAUCAAAACUAUUAUUAAAUUAUAGAAUAGAAUAUAAACCAAUUAAAAACCUUGAUAAGCCAUUCACAAUUUACCAAAGAGCAACAUUAACAACAAAAUAUCCAAUUAAUUUAAAUUUUAUAAAAAGAUAA